AUGCGUGCCUUUCUUCAGCUGAGCCUGGCCUUGGCGCUGUGCGCUCUAUUGGCGCCUAGCCAUGUCACUGCCAACAGCUACAAGUUAUUCCAACGUUCCGCUGCAUCUGCAUCGCCCAUCUCCUUACGCUCCGUAAGUCGUCGGGAGAAUGUGCCUGCCGAAGGUCGCUUCACCACUAGCAUCAUGAACAAGUUUGGUAAAGACAACAGAUAUGAUGUCAACGUAGACGAUGAGGACGACGAGCUGGGUGACGAAGUCGGUGCGCGGGACUUCGAUGAAAACGAUGAUGGCUUUGAUAAUCACGACGAUGAGUUCCUCGACGAUAACGACUUGGAAAAGGCACCUGGCGCGCCAAACACCAUGGUGCGUCGUCCCACAGAAAAGGAAUGGCAACAGUUCCAGGUCGAUCAGCGCAAUCGCCGACGCCUACAGAAGCUCCAACGCGAGCACAACAAGCGCGUGCGCGCCUUGAUUCGUCGGCAGCUACGCGCUCGCCAGGAUGGUGAAAAGCGCUACCGUCAGUUGCAGCGACGCAGCAAAAGGCGCUUGAGUCGUCGCAAUCACAGGAACCGCAGUCGCGGUCGCAGGGUUCGUGGUCGUCGUCGUCGUGUCACUAAGUCCCAGCGCAGGCGUCGCAGGAACAGGCGUCAACGCAGACGUCAAACGCGAAGGCAGCGUCGCCGCAUCCGAAGGAUUAUGAGGCGUCGCAGACGUCGCGGUGGUCGACGCAUCUAG